AUGCCUUCCAAGCCUACCAUCAAGCGGAUGGCGGUAGACGCUUCGCCACCUGCCGCGAAAGUCAACCGAUCUCCUGCAAUCAAGUCGAGAGAGCGGGUGUCCAGGAAGGUUGUGUACAAUGUCGAUAACAGUGAAGACAAAUUCAAUGAGGAAGAUGAGGAAGACGAGGAGGACGAUCCGGCAUCACCAGCGAGAAAGCAAUUCUCGCCUGCUACUAAGCUUGCGGGGAAAAUAUCCACCAAGACUUCAGCCCAUCAUCACCCCAGAUAA